GGCCGGGCCCUGUACGCCGGCGAUGGCGCCGGGCGGCGCCCGGAGCUGCGCGGGAGGUUCCGGGCGGAGCGGGAGCUUCCGGGAGCGGCCGGGCUGAGGAGGAGGGGGAAGAGGAGGAUGAAGAAGGAGCAGGUGGCGCACUGCCAGUUCUCCGUGUGGUACCCGCUCUUCAAGGCAGUCACCAUCCGCAGUGUUAUUCUUCCCCUGCCAGAGAAUGUGAAAGAAUAUUUGCUGGAUGAUGGAACACUGGUGGUUUCUGGAAGAGAAGAUCCGCCAAGUCAUGCUCAGGAGGGGAGUGAUGAUGCAGAGGAGAUACAGUGGUCAGAUGAUGAGAACACUACAACACUUAAGGCACCAGAAUUUCCUGAGUUCACAGCUAAAGUUCAGGAAGCAAUAAGUUCCUUGGGUGGCAGUGUUUUUCCUAAACUCAACUGGAGUGCUCCAAGGGAUGCCUACUGGAUAGCAAUGAACAGCUCUCUGAAAUGUAAAGCUCUCAGUGACAUCUUCCUCCUCUUCAAGAGUUCAGACUUCAUCACUCGUGACCUCACUCAGCCAUUUAUUCACUGUACUGAUGAUUCCCCUGAUCCUUCCUUGAACUAUGAGCUUGUUCUUCGCAAAUGGUGUGAACUAAUCCCUGGUGCAGAAUUCAGAUGCUUUGUCAAGGAAAACAAGCUUUUAGGUAUAUCACAGAGGGACUACACCCAGUACUAUGAUCAUAUCUCUAAGCAACAUGAGGAGAUCUGUAGAUCCAUACAGGAGUUUUUCAAGAAGCACAUACAAUAUAAAUUCUUGGAUGAAGACUUUGUUUUUGAUGUGUACAGAGACAGCAGGGGUAAGAUUUGGUUAAUAGAUUUUAACCCAUUUGGUGAAGUAACAGACUCCCUGCUCUUUACAUGGGAAGAACUCACCUCUGGAAAAAACUUGAAAGGAGACCAGAGUGAAGGGGAAGCAACAGAACAGGAUUAUCCAGUGUUCCGUUGUACCAACAGCAAAGUCACUGUCCAGCCCAGUCCCUACCUGAGCUACCGACUGCCCAAGGACUUUGUGGACCUUUCCACAGGAGAGGAUGUUCACAAAUUGAUUGACUUUCUAAAACUGAAAAGAAAUCAGCAAGAGGAUGACUGAGGUACCCAGAGGCAUUACAUUGAAUUACAAGCAACAAAUGUGGCAAAAUCUGUAUUUAGCAUAACUAUUAAACUAUUGAUUCAAAGAAAA